AUGGAGAUCCCCGUGCCCGUGCAGCCGUCGUGGCUGCGCCGCGCCUCCGCCCCGUUGCCUGGGCUUUCGGCUCCUGGGCGCCUCUUCGACCAGCGCUUCGGCGAGGGGCUGCUGGAGGCUGAGCUCGCUGCGCUCUGCCCCACCACGCUGGCGCCCUACUACCUGCGCGCACCCAGCGUAGCGCUGCCUGCCGCCCAGGUGCCCACCGACCCCAGGCAUUUCUCGGUGCUGCUGGAUGUGAAGCACUUCUCUCCAGAGGAAAUCACCGUCAAGGUGGUUGGUGAACAUGUGGAGGUCCACGCUCGCCAUGAGGAGCGCCCGGAUGAGCAUGGAUACGUGGCUCGAGAGUUUCACCGCCGCUAUCGUUUGCCACCCGGUGUAGACCCUGCCGCCGUGACAUCAGCAUUGUCCCCUGAGGGCGUUCUGUCCAUCCAGGCCGUGCCCGUGCUGGCCCAGGCCCCACUGCCGCAACCACAGGCUGCUGCCAACUUGGGGUCUGGGCACACUUGA